AUCAUUUGUUAUCUUGAUAGCGUCAGUGCGAGCCGCGCGCUCGGGUUGUCAACCAUGUCCCCGUACACUUAGUUCUUAUUUCUAAAGUCGUGUUAAAUAAAGGUGUUUGCUUUAACAUCAUGGACACUCCGAUGAUUAUAAUAGUGAGCGUGUUUGGCGCCGCGUGGCUGCUGUUGCUCGUAGUGAGCAUCGUGCUGUGCGCGCAGGUCGCCAGUCUGCGGAGGAAGGUGCUCGACCUCAGCGCUAGCGGACGACUGCGAAUACAGAAGUUGAAGAUGAGCCCGGAAGGUAAUCACGCGUUCCAGAACCCUGGUCUGGUUCCGGACGAGGAGCUCUCUCGUCGCGGCUACUCCAUGUACCAGGCGCCGGAGGACGACGUCGAGAGCGGCAGAGGAACGGAACGGCAGACGUCAGGGCGCUUUGUAGAUGAGCUAACGAAGGAACUGGAUGCAAGGCAGCAACGGCAAUCGAGCGCUCCCCCAUUCUUGCUACAAGGCAUCGAAGACAACAAGAGGAACAACAUGCCCAACGGAAAAAACAAGGGACGACAGAGUGAUACGAAUCCUAACUUCAUUUAUUAAAAUUGCAAAGCCGGAUUUAUUAUCAGGACCUCAGGCAAGAGUGUUUAAUUAGGGGAUAGAUCACGAUGAUGGUUGAUGGAUUUCCAAUUCACUUCUUUACUAUCCGCAAACUUACUGUUUAAAUCUAUCUUUUAUGUUGUGAAAGAAUUUUCAUAAAUUUCCCGACAGAUAAAGCAUGGCUGCUUUUAAAUCCGGCAAAAAAGGUUAACUACAUAAAAACUAUUCUAUAUAUUUUGGCAGUCUUAAGCUCAGAGGACGCAUAUUGUGCUUAUUACUGCUAAAAGGUACUAAUUUUUUUAAAAUUAAUUUUUAAGUGAAAAUGCGGUAUUUUUUUCUUUAUGCUUUUGAUAAAAAUAAUUUUGAAAAA